AUGUAUGGGGAGACCACCAUAACAGAGGAAGUCACAUGUGAUGUUGGAGGAAGAGAUGGAAGCAACAAAGGCUAUGGAGAAGAGGAACAAUGCAACAUGGGCGAGAAACUUUAUGAUAUGGGUGCUCGAAAGAUUCUCGUUACAAAUGUUCCUCCAGUUGGAUGUUGCCCGUUUGAAAGAGAUUUUAACCAACAUUCCGGAGAAGUGUGUGUGAAAUUUCAAAAUCUAUUGGUGCAAAAAUACAACAACCAGUUGAAACAAAUGCUCAAAGAACUUACAAACACACUUAAAGGAUCGACAUUUGUCUAUGCAGAUGUAUAUCAUAUAUUUGAUGACAUAAUGAAAAACUAUGGAUCAUACGAUUUUGAAAACGUUGAUAGUGCAUGUUGUCACAUGUCAGGCUUACAUAGUGGUUUGGCUCCAUGCCUACCACAUGCCACUAUUUGCCCAGAUAGAUCAAAGUAUCUCUUUUGGGACCAGUAUCAUGUUACUGAAAGCGCUAAUCUUAUCGUAGCAAAACGUAUAUUGGAUGGAGAUUCUAAUGACAUUUCACCAAUUAACAUACAUACACUUUCAAAGACUUGA